GCCUGGAAUGGGGGUGUGGAGCCAGAGCCACCCAAUCCCGUAGGGACAGGUUUCACAACUUCCCGGAUGAAGCUGUGGUGGGUCACAGUGCAGCCUCCAGCCAGGAGGAUGGGGUGGCUCCCACUCCUGCUGCUUCUGACGCAGUGUUCAGGGGCCCCUGGGCAGCGCUCACCCUUGAAUGACUUCCAGGUGCUCCGGGGUACGGAGCUGCAACACCUGCUACAUGCAGUGGGGCCCAGGUCUUGGCAAGAGGACGUGGCAGAUGCUGAGGGGUGUGCAGGGCGUUGUGUGCCCCUACUGGACUGCAGGGCCUUCCACUACAACGUGAGCAGCCAUGGUUGCCAACUGCUGCCAUGGACCCAGCACUCACCCCAUACACGGCUGCAGCGUUCUGGGCACUGUGAUCUCUUCCAAAAGAAAGACUAUGUGCGAACCUGCAUCACGGACAAUGGUGUCAAGUACCGGGGCACCGUGGCCAUCACCACGGGUGGCCUACCCUGCCAGCACUGGAGCCACAGGUUCCCCAAUGACCACAAGUACACGCCCACACUCCGUAAUGGCUUGGAGGAGAACUUCUGCCGCAACCCCGACGGAGACCCGGGAGGUCCCUGGUGCUACACGACAGACCCUGCCGUGCGCUUCCAGAGCUGCGGCAUCAAGUCCUGCCGGCAGGCCGCUUGCGUUUGGUGCAAUGGCGAGGAUUACCGCGGCGCAGUGGACCGUACCGAGUCAGGACGCGAGUGUCAGCGCUGGGACCUGCAGCGCCCGCACGCCCACCCCUUUGAGCCGGGCAAGUUCCUUGACAAAGAUCUGGACGACAACUAUUGCCGGAAUCCGGACGGCUCGGAGCGGCCCUGGUGCUAUACCACAGACCCGCAGAUGGAGCGAGAGUUCUGCGACCUCCCCUUCUGCGGGUCCGAGGCACAGCCGCGCCAAGAGGACACCACGUUCAACUGCUUCCGCGGGAAGGGGGAGGGCUACCGGGGCACGGCCAACACCACCGCCGCGGGCGUGCCCUGCCAGCGCUGGGACGCGCAGCACCCGCAUCAGCAUCGCUUUGCGCCCGAGAAAUACGCAUGCAAGGACCUUCGGGAGAACUUCUGCCGUAACCCCGAUGGCUCGGAGGCGCCCUGGUGCUUCACAUCGCGGCCUGGCAUGCGCGUGGCCUUCUGCUACCAGAUCCGGCGCUGCACCGACGACGUGCGGCCUGAGGACUGCUACCACGGCGCGGGGGAGCUGUAUCGCGGCUCGGUCAGCAAGACCCACAAGGGUGUAACGUGCCAGCGCUGGUCCGCGGAGACGCCGCACAAGCCGCAGUUCACGCCCACCUCCGUGCCACACGCCCAGCUGGAAGAGAACUUCUGCCGGAACCCGGACGGGGAUAGCCAUGGGCCCUGGUGCUACACUACGGACCCGGGAACUCCAUUCGACUACUGUGCACUGCGGCGCUGCGAUGAUGACGAACCACUGUCCAUCUUGGAGCCCCCAGACCAGGUGCUGUUUGAGAAGUGUGGCAAGAGAGUGGAUCAGCGGCACUCCAAGCUGCGUGUGGUAGGGGGCCAGCCUGGGAACUCACCCUGGACAGUCAGCUUGCGCAACCGGCAGGGCCAGCAUUUCUGCGGGGGGUCCCUAGUGAAGGAGCAGUGGGUACUGACCGCCCGGCAGUGCUUCUCCUCCUGCCAUGUGCCUCUCACGGGCUAUGAGGUGUGGCUGGGCACCCUAUUCCAGAACCCGCAGCCCGGGGAGCCAGGCCUGCAGCGGGUCCCAGUGGCCAAGGUGGUGUGUGGGCCCUCAGGCUCCCAGCUUGUCUUGCUCAAGCUGGAGAGACCUGUGGCCCUGAGCCAGCGCGUGGCCCUGAUCUGCCUGCCUCCAGAGCGGUAUGUGGUGCCUCCAGGCACCAAGUGUGAGAUUGCAGGCUGGGGUGAGACCAAAGGUACAGGGGACAAUGUGGUCCUAAACGUAGCCUCGCUGAAUGUCAUCUCCAACCAGGAAUGUAAUGUCAAGCACCGAGGACGUGUACGCGAGAAUGAGAUGUGCACUGAGGGACUGUUGGCCCCUGUGGGUGCCUGUGAGGGUGACUACGGGGGCCCGCUUGCCUGCUUUACCCAUGACUGCUGGGUCCUGGAAGGAAUUAUAAUCCCCAACCGAGUGUGCGCACGGCCCCACUGGCCAGCCAUCUUCACGCGUGUCUCUGUGUUUGCGGACUGGAUUCACAAGGUCAUGCGGCUGGGCUAGGCCCAGCCUCAAUCGUAUGUGCCUUGGGGAGGACGGGGAAGACGAAGCUUCCUGUCAGACAUAAAGUCACCUGUCCUCUUUA